GAAGUCCACUUCAACGGAUAUCCCAUGCUCAGUGAGUAGGGUGCAGUGAACACUGCGUAGGAACCCUAUCAAAUGGAACGCAGCUUCUGUUUUAAACAGCUCUGCUCCUUACACGUUUCUAAUCCAAUCACAUGCAUCUGCAGGUAGGUACCACAUAGCUGCGGACCAUUUUAGGUUGAGUUGGAGCCAAUAGGAGGUGGCGUCUACCAGAACUUGUCGAAUCAGAACGCAGUUUGCCUUGGUCACUGCUUGCCUACGUCGAUCGUCGGACGUGUAACUUAUAACGCACAGAGCUGAAGAAAUACUAGGUAAAAAUCUGAGAAAUCUGAUGCAGCUAUGGGUGAGAUUGAGGGCACCUACAGUGCCCUUCAGACCCCUGGCACACGACUUGGAGCUCAUUUCAACACUGGUAUUAGCACCCUGGAGCCCGGGCAAAGCCUUAAAACGACUAUGGGAGCAGGAGGGAAAAGCCACACCAAGGGUCUGCAAAUCCGUGUUCAGGGCUUGGAUGAUGCUCAGGAAUUCUUUGAGCUGGAGUUAAAGGCCGAUGGUCAGACUCUUUUAUCUGAAAUGUUUAGACGGAUCAAUCUUAUCGAGAGCGAUUACUUUGGUCUGGAGUUCCAGAACCUACAGAUGAACAGGGUUUGGCUAGACCCCACCAAGCUCAUGGUGAAACAAGUCAGACGGCCGAUGAAUUCACUCUUUCGAUUGUCUGUGAAGUUUUUUCCUCCUGAUCCGGGUCAGCUUCAGGAGGAGUUUACUAGGUACCUCUUUUCUCUGCAAAUCAAGAGGGAUCUAACAGACGGAAGACUGAACUGUACAGAAAAUACUGCCGCCCUGCUGGUCUCUCAUUUGGUGCAAUCGGAUAUCGGGGAUUACGAUGAUAUAGCAGACAGGGAAUUUCUAAAGAUGAAUAAAUUGCUGCCUUAUCAGGACCGUGUACAAGAGAAGAUCAUGGAACUCCACCGCAGAAACAUUGGGGAAACACCAGCAGAAUCAGAUUUCCAGGUUCUGGAGAUUGCUCGUAAACUGGAGAUGUAUGGGGUGCGCUUCCACCCUGCUGCUGAUCGAGAAGGCACCAAGAUCAACCUAUCUGUAGCCCACAUGGGCCUGCAGGUCUUUCAGGGCAACACCAAAAUCAACACAUUCAACUGGUCCAAGAUUCGGAAGUUGAGCUUUAAGAGGAAAAGAUUUCUAAUUAAACUCCACCCAGAAGUUCAUGUGGGUAUCAAAUAA